AUGAGAAGAUUUCCAUCCAUGGAUUUAAACAAUCGUGCUAAUACUAGUACUAUCUAUCUAUCGAAUCUAUCCGUCGGAUUUAUAAAAAUAUCAGUGUUGGUGUAUUCAAAUACAUUGGAAUCUGACUUUUGCUUUGAUGAUCAAUUUGCAAUAGUAGAUAAUCCAGAUGUUCGUCUACCUUUAUUAUUAUCAUCAUCGUUACCAUCAUCAUCAUCAGAUAAUCGAUCAAUUGGAACAUACCUUUAUGAUGUCUUUUUCCUUCAUGACUUUUGGGGACAGAAUCUAAAGAGUAAUACUUCACACAAGUCUUAUCGUCCAUUGACAACCCUAUCGUUUCGAUUCAAUGCUGCAAUGUCUCAUCUAUCAACCAAUCAAACAGAAUUCUUUCAUCUCACAAACAUCAUGCUUCAUGCUGUUGUAUCAAUCUAUGUAUUCUUUCUUGCAAUAUUUUUAUUCUCCUAUAGAAACAAUCAACAACAACAACAACAACACAUAUCAUCUUCUUCAUCUUCAUCCACUUCAUUUUCGUCAUUUUCAUCAUUUUCAUCAUAUUUACCAAAAAUGUUAGUUUCUGAUGAAUUGGCAAGUUUUAUUGGAGCUAUGUUUUUUGCAUUACAUCCUAUUCAUACAGAAGCGGUAUCUGGUAUAGUUGGAAGAAGUGAAACAUUAUGUACAUUGUUUAUAAUGUUGUCCAUAUUUUCAUAUGUCGUUUCUUUUAAUUACCAAGGUUCAUCGGUGGCUCCCUAUCUUGGAUCGUUGGUAUUUUUCAUUUGUGCAUGUCUUUGCAAAGAAACUGGAUACAUGUUGGUCAUUAUAUUGCCUGCUCUCGAAUUGGUCGUAUUGAAUUAUCGAAAGACUCAAGGACGAUCGGUUAUUCCAAUUUCAAUGGAUGCUUGGAAGGAAUUUAUAAUGCGUACAUUUGGAUUGGUUUGUGUUGCUAUUGCUUAUAUGGCAUUUAGAAAGUAUAUCACUGUAUCAGUAUUUCUAGAUAAUUUUAGAUUCUUAGAGAAUCCAAUUGCUCGUCAUCCAGAUCAACAAACUAGAAUCCUCUCCCUCUUCCAUCUACACUACAAAUAUUUUAUGCUCUUAUUAUUCCCACAUGAAAUGUCUGCUGAUUGGAGUUUUAAUUGUAUCCCCCUCAUUCACAACAUAUUAGAUCCAUCAAAUAUUAAAUCACUCCUAGUAUACACCUCCAUCUCCUUUACCAUCCUCUUUUCAUUCUCUAAACUUAAUUUUAUUGAAUCUCUCAAAAAUAUUAAAAAGUCUAUAACCUCAAAAUCAACCAAAAAUAAUAAUAAUAAUAAUAAUAAUAAUAAUAAUAAUAAUAAUGAUGAUAAAUUUAAUUAUGAUUCAUCAAAUAUAUUAUGGUUAUGUAUAUUUGGAGUGAUAACAUUUUUACCAUCAUCUAAUCUAUUUUUCUGGGUUGGUACAAUGAUUGGUGAAAGAUUACUUUAUCUUCCAUCCAUUGCUUUUUGUUUAAUCAUUUCAAGAUUAAUUACAAUUCCAUUGGUUAAAUUGGAAUUAUCUUUGUUACAACAACAAAGAGAGUAUAAUAAUUUAAAGAAAACAGAUGGAGAUAAGAAACAAGAUCAAGUUACUACAAUCUCUACAACAAAAUAUUCAAACAAAUUUAAAUUAAUUACAAUUACAGUUUGUUUAAUUUCAAUUAUUAUUUCUUCACUUUAUGGAUAUAGAACAUAUCAAAGAAAUAUUGAUUGGGAAGAUGAUAUUAAUUUAUUCUUUAGUGCUUUAGAGGUUUGCCCAAAUAGUGCAAAAGUACAUUAUAAUAUUGGAGUAUUAUAUAGAAGAUCGGAAUCAUGGGAUAUGGCAAUGGAACAUUUCGAAAAAGCAAAGGAAAUAUUACCAGAGUAUUGUGAUGUUGACCAUUUCUUGGGGUUGACAAUAUUAAACAAGGAUGGUAGUCUACCACUGGCUCUAAAGUAUCUAAAUCAAAGUUUAGAUUGUCCAUAUGUAGCAAGUAAGAGUGUUGAAUCGAUCGCAAAGAUUUUCGACUACCUCUUUGCAACCUAUCCCGAAAACAAUCAAUUGUAUAUAGAGUUGGGGUACAUUAUUGCUAGAUUGAAUCCACUCGAUGCUGCCAAACAAUUCCACAAGGCUGGUAUCAUGGAAUACAACAAAGUAGAUAGUCUCUACAAACAACCAAAUUGGCAUACCAUGACAUCGGCACAAAAACAACACCAACAAACUGGAAUGAAACAAGCUAUUACGUUGUUUGAAAAGUCAUUGUCCAUGUUACCUUCAAACCUCGCCAAAAACCUCAACGAUGAAGAAAAGCAUCUUUGGUGUUUUAAUCAAAUCUGGUUAUCAAGUUCAUUCAAACCAUUGGAUGUAUCAAUUUCACUUGGUCAUCUUGAAAAUAUAGUCAAACAUUGUAAAGAUCAAUCUUUCUGGGAACAAACCUAUACCAGUCUUUUAUCGAUUCGUCACCAACAAUACAAAGAAUCACAGGAAAAAGGUUCUCUUGAUCCAGAUAUUUGUAAAUCGUUGGCAGAUUUGAUGAAAAUGUCACCACUCUAUCAAGAUCAAUCAAUUCAAUUUUAUAAACAAGCAAGUGAUCUUUAUAAACAAAUUGGUAAAUUUAAAAAAUCAAAAGAUUGUUUAGAUUUAAUAAAUAAAAAAUAA